GAAAUGACAGCAGCUUUUGAUAGUGAGCUCAGGCAGCGGGAACAUGAGUUCAACUUGAAAAUGGAUGAGAUGCACACUGUGGUGCUGUCUCAUGAUCUUAAGGUUUGUAGCACAAGGUGCAGGUGCUGUCUAAAGAGACAGAGGUUCAUUGUCAGCGCUCAGCUGCAGGCUACAGAGGCCCUCAAAGCAUCUGAGGAGUUCUGUCAGCAGAUACAAACCCAGCUACAAGACAAAGACCGGGAGAUCAAGGACCUUCACAUCUGUGUGGUAACUGUCCUUUGUCUCAGGAUAAAGGAGCUUAAGGAUGAGGUGAAACAGAUGGAGACCAAGCUUAAGCAGACAGAGGAUGACAACAUUAAGAAAUAUGAGAAUGUGGUCAAGGCUCUGAAGCAGUGUGAUGCUCAACUGGAGGCUCAGCAUCAGGCCCACACAGAACAGCUGCGAAAGGCUGAGAAACGCAUUGUCAGACUACAGAAGCAUAUGAAAGUUCUGGAUGCACAGGUACGCCACAUACAAGAGGACCAGGAGGAUGCCAUGAAAAAGAAGAUGAGACAAUCCAAAAGGCUUCGCACAGAGGUAGAAACAACUCAAAUUCACUGGGAGAAGUACAUCAAUCAUGUCUCCAGCAAUAUGGUUGUCAAGGAUACAGAGAUAGUCGCCCUGCAGGAGAGAGAAACCAAACUUAAGAAUGAGCUGGAGUGGAGCAGGGAGGAGAUGGAGAGGUACAAGCAGCAGCUGAGUGCUGGUUUGGCAAGAGAAAGAGUCUUAGAACAGAUGCAAAUCCAGAUGGAGUUGGAGUGGCAGAGACACUGUGAGGACAUGAAGGCCAAACACUCCCUUGCCAAUGAGCAGCUAAUACAAGACCUGACCCACGCCAGAGAUCAGGCAAAAGCAGAGCUGAGGGAGAGAGAACAAGAGCUGCAGGACUUGACUGUCUUACUAUGUACUAUUAAUACGAAGAGAGACCAGGCAAUACAGGGUCUCACACCAAAGGUAGACUCUCUGACAUCAGAAGAGAUCCGACGUCUGCAAGAGCAGAACAGCAUCCUGCGAACUGUGGUUACCCAGAUGAGGAAGAACAUGGAGGAUCUCAGCCAUCCCCUACCCCAUCUCCAGUCCCAGCCACAGGCAUCCUCUCUUCAACCAAUUCAGCAUCCAGGAGCCCUUGCUGCAACCUCAAUCACCCCAACAGCUAAUGGUGGUCUGUUUCUAGAGAAAUGUGCCAAAACCUCUGAUUUGACAAAGCUGGAGGUGACAGUGGCACAAACAGAGUCUGCUUCUGCCAACAUCAUGGAACAGAGUGCACUGGUGCAACAGCUCCAAGGGGAGAAUCAGCAUUUGCAGCAGCAACAGAUUUCAAAUCAGUUUGAAAGCAUCCAGGGCGAAAGAAGCAACCCUCUCAUCAUGCAUUUCAGGCUGAAGCAGGCAGUGUCCUGUAUCACCCGUCUGAGCAGAGAAAACCAGCAACUGAUAGAGAUGGGCAACCGCCUUCGUGGCCAGAUCACCACUGCUGGAAUACAGGAACCAGUGCAGCCAGAGAAGGAUUCCUCCACAGAAAAACAAAGACACCAACAUGACCAGCUGUCUGCUCUGGAACAGCUUCAGUACCAGCUCACCACACAGGAACUGCAGUAUGCUCUGAGGAGGAGGGAUUCCACUGUUGCUGAACAGCACCUCCCUAAAACCAACAACCAAGAUCCAACCACAAGAGGGCCUGCCAACCCUUGGUCCCAGGUUCACAAAACCACAAACAGAUCUGAGAUCUCCAAGAACAAAGAGAACACUCCUCCAUUCAGCCAGUCACAUUGCUCAGUGAACGUGGAGCCAGAGCCCCAUUCAGGUCUGUUCAGGUCUCAGUUGUCAUCAGAGGAAUCACUGCAAUCGUUAAAGGAGUUGUGGGACAUACUAGACCAUGUACUCAGUCCAUCUGUUCUCACAGAAGGUAAAAGUGAGCUAAGCAGGAGGGAAGUGACUGAGCCUGAUGGUGCUGGAGUCCAGAUGAUGGUGCAUGGAAUCAGUGCCCCUAUUCAUAGCCAGUCAUCAACUGAGAUCCAGCAGAGGCUGAACCCCUCUGAAAAACCAUCAGACACUACUAAGACGAGCAGACCUGGAGCCCAUGGCAAGAUCAGUAAGGUCAGAAACUACAAUGUUAAAGACUGACACAUACACAAGACAAUCUGUCAGUACACUAGUCAUCUCUUACUCAGACUGUGACACAAUUUUUACAAAAUCUUCUAUGGUUCUGGAGGAGCUGUGUCAUGGCUGAUGUCAUCAGGGUUAAUUCAGCCACAGACAGUCUGCAUUAUAAUCCAGAGUCAUGGAAUUUGAACAGGAGGAUCAAAUGAAAACAUGGUUAUAUUGAAUGUUUUUUUACUGAAGCUGAAUUAUAGCUCCCUCAAAAUAAUCAGGGUAGCAUGAGUACACACAAAAGUAAAAACACCUAUAAGUGAAAUGCACUCCAAAUUAAGGAAUGCUACUAAAUACACAAUUCUUAAUUACAUUUUAGAAUAAGCCUUAUGGUAAGAACAUACAUUUUUACUACUCUUUCCAACAUUAGAGUUCAAGUGUCUGAUCAGUUGAAGACCACAAUAAAAAUAAAGCCAUACGCUUUGUUGUGUAUAAUCCUAUUUUUCAAUGUAUGUAAUGUACAAAACCAUUCUGUAUGUUUUAUUGCCUUGUAAUAAACAUUUUUUUUCUUUC